AUGUCUUCGAAUGUUACACAAAUGACACUUACGGCAACCUCUGCACAAGAUCGCGCCGCACUUACUACACCAUACAUUCCACCAAGUGACUGUACGCCCAAUUGGGAGCAGACGAGCCUUCUCUGGACUCAGGAUGGCACCUUUACAUAUCCUGUUCUAAUAUCAGCACCCCCAACUUCAUGCUACCCCUGUGGCUGGGGGAGCGGCGAGGCUGACUCUCUGUUCACCUUUAGCCCAGCUGUUUGUCCUUCUGGCUGGGAUUAUUGGAAAAUGUCUCGUUCCGAUAACUCUCCAGCAGUCUCGACAGCAUACUGCUGCGAAAGCGGGUUCACCUUUGAUCCUUUUGAUCGAGGUGGUUAUGUCGCCAAAGACUUCUUUACUAACGGGUGUGGACGAUGGGUCCAGGCGGCGGCGAGCAUGUCCCAUGGCGAUGGCACAACGACACCAGCGCUGUCGGGCUCAUCCGAUUACCAAGAUGCUAGCGCGUUGGACGGCACUUUCAUGGUUCACCAAGCCUGGGAAAUAUCCUGGGUCUCGUCUGACAGGUCUGAUAUGACACCGAUGCCACUUACUUUGACCGAUGCCGCCCAACCGAAAGGUAUGAUCAAAGCCAAGGGUAUAUCAGCACCUCAGCCGUGUGGUUUCUCAUGA